AUGGACGUGGCUUCCACGGAACAGGGAGACUGCCUCAAUGGUGUGAGUUCUUUCCAUCUGAGAACCGAUUUCGUGGAUCAAAUUCUCGAAUCGGGCUGCACCCGCAACGACAGCUUCUACGUGAUCGAACCUGUUGUCAUCCGUGCCCGGAGCAGAAACGUGCUUUGUCCACGGACGCAGAAAAUGGGUUCGUCCUAUGUCGAUUCACUUACCGGAGCAGAGCACGUCGGACGCUCUGACUAUAUGCUCAGCUAUUCCUGGGGCUACGAGGUCGGGGAUGUAGUUGCGGCUCUUUCAAAUCACUGCGACUCAGAGCAUCAUGACCACAAGGGCACAUAUUAUUGGAUCUGCUGCCUGUGCAUCAAUCAGCAUCGCGUGGUGGAGGUCCGGGAGCGAGGAGAAGAGGUGCCCUUCGAGGACUUCCGCAGCGAGUUCCGCAGCCGGGUGCAUGGCAUUGGCAGAGUGCUUGCCCUGAUGUCCCCUUGGGACAAACCUGUGUACGUGACACGCGCUUGGUGCGUCUUCGAGCUCUUCACAGCGCUCAGCGAGGAGUCUUGUAAGCUCACAGUGGUUAUGCCUCCUAGCGAAGUGCAGCGCUUUUGCAGCAGCAUCUCCGAGGGGGCCUUCACAAGUUACUUGUGGUUUGCCUUGGAGCAGCUGGAUUUACGGACUGCCGAGGCGUCUGUAGCUAGUGACAAGGAGAUGAUCCUGCAAGCUGCUCAAAACAGUGUGGGCUUGGACGAGCUCAAUCAAGUCGUUCGGCAGAAAUUGCUCUCCUGGUUGGCCGGAGCUGCAUGCACCGAGUGCCGUGAUCAGCUGUCCAGAGGCUGCUUGGUUGGGGAUGCUGCAGCAACUACUGUUUCAGAGACAGCAAAUUUGCUGCAUCGACUGGGCAGGUUCGAUGAUGCGUACAAGUUGUUAUCGGCAUCCAGAGAUGCGGCCUUCACCACUGGCGAUGCGGGGACGAUUGAGAAAGCAAAUCUGUGGCGCGUAACUGGGAAGAACUAUGACUACCUAGGGCAAAAUGGUGAAGCAGCAGACGCUUUCCACCGGGCUUCUGAGAUGCUCCGCUUGCUUGGCCAGCUGGAGUCCCACGAUGGUGCUGCUGUCCUGACCUGUAUCGCUGCCAAUUUACAGGAGAUGGGCCGCGUGGAAGAGUCUCUGACCAACUACCGAAAGGCCUGGGAAAUCAGGCAGGCGUGCGGCUCGGAGCGAUCUCUGGAUGCCUCUGACCUGCUGGCCAUGAUGGGAGUUGCGGAGUGCCGUCUGGGUUCAGGCGAAGGGCUCAAGCACGCGCAGGAAGCGAAGGAUCUACGGAUUCAAUUGGGCCAGCUCAACAAUCCUCAUGGUGCUUAUGUGCUGCAGCAGCUGGGUGUGUGCUACUUCAUGCUGGGCGACUUUCAAGCCGCUCUUGAUGAAUUUGAGGCGAGCAAGGACAUUCUGCAAAAGACGAGCUCACUGCAAACUCCUCAAGGUGCUUCAGUGGUGCAAAGGGCUGCCCGAUGCUUCUGCAAGUUGGGUGACUUUCGACGAGAGCUGGAGCUUCUCUGGCAAGCAAGGAAGCUUCUGGAGGACGCAAAUCAGCUGCACAGCAAGAGUGGCGUUCUGGUGCUGUUGGAUUUGGGCAGCGCGCUGCUGGACUGCCAACAGGAUGAUGAAGCCAAGAAAGUCUUGGAGCUGGCAGAACGUAUCUGUACUGAGAAUAGAAUUGGGAGCACUCUCUCUGAGCUGGUUCAAGAUCGGUUGAAGGUGCUCCGUAAGACACGGUACUGCAUCGUCAGCUGA